AUGAUCUUCACCAUCCCUGAGACUUUCAGAUACCCCAUCGGGGCGAAGAAGGUUCCAAAAUCCAAGUACCGUACACGAAGGGAACUAGAGGGGUGGCUUGAAAGCCUUAUUCGCCUGACUCCUCCUUCCAAACGUCGAAGACUAGCGGCGAAGGACGAGUAUGCGGCAGGAUGCUUGUCGGUACAGAAAGCCAGCCUGGUUGUCAAAGAUGAGCCUGCAAAUGAAACAGACUGUGCAACGUAUUGCUCCUCGAGUCCUGAAGGGAGCUCUGUAAAAUUUAGCGACGAAGACGUGGCGUUGUGGAGCUUCGUGGAGGCGACCUGCAACGGACGCACGAGAAUUGCGUUUUUCAAGCGCCUGAUAUACGAGAAAGACCUCAAUCCUAGAGCGAGCCUGCAAUGGUUCGAAAAUUCAAGGGAUUUAAAUGUUCACUAUGGCGUGGAGGUAGCUGACGCUCACGAAUACGAGCUAUUUUUUACGUCGCAUUCUGACACUGUUCCAAUCGAAGCUGUCAAGAGAGUGGUGACGGUUCUAUCCCAAGCGCACUUUGCCGAGCGCUCAGCAAGUCUGCUUUCCCGCGAGAAAAGUAGCUGCUUUAUGUGUUACCGGAAAGUGGAUGGGAGUAAAAUUCGUCGAGUUCGGAUUGAGAGCUUCCAAGGUUACUACUCUCAAAGUAUUUUGGUGCAGGCUUGCUGUGAUGAGGCUGCUGAGGUGCUCGAAUCACGAAAUGACAAGCUUAGCCGGAGAUUGACGAAACCGCGGACGCAGAGGGUUCCGAAGCAGAAAUUGCUGGCGUGCCUAAACAGUCCUGGGGUGAAAUGCUCUUCAAUGCAGUCUUUCAACUUACCUGAAUCUGACAUGGAUGCUGACGAAGCUGAUGGCCGAGUUGAGGAUGAGGGUCAAAAUCAGCCUGGGGAGCCUGCGAGGACGGAAAAGAAGGAAAUAUGGGACGCAUUCGUGGGAAGUAUGGUUGAGGUUUUGAAUGAUGACGUGUCAAGACUUUGUUGGCGGCCGGCUGAAGUCGUUUGCUCAAGGCCGCUGGAGGUCAAAGUGCGCUACUUCACUUCCAAAAGCAAUUCCGCCGAAGUUAAGGAGGAAUGGGUCCUUUUGAGGCAACUGGGAGGUGCUGACAAAUAUGGCUUCAGACAUUCACAUCGGAACUGUGUUCGACCUUACCAGCUCCAUAAUUGCGAUGGGUCCUUAUUUGAGGACGGAGAGCUUGUGGAUGUCAGAUGGUGUGACAGAUGGUGGGAGGGCAUUGCUGUUCAUUCAUGGACAAACGGCUUUGUUGCUGUGCACCUGCUUGGUCCUGGAAGUAUCAAGUUUGUGCAUAAGAAGUUCCUUCGACAAUCACGGGAAUGGGUGAGGGGUCAAUGGGAGGCCUUAAAUUCGCAAAAGCCGUUUGCCAACCAAGCUGCAAGUAUGCACUUGGACCCAGAGCUGAAAAAUCUGUCCGAAUUUCCUCCCAGAGCCAUUGCAGGCCCAGACACUUUGAAUAACACAAGAAUAUCCCCCAGCUUAGGCUACCUUCAGUACCUUCGUGAAAUUGUUCUGGAAGCUUUGGCGAGAGAACAAUCAUGUGACUCUGAGCAGGCGCAUGGAGUUGACCUGGUGUGGGUGACGCGGUCACUAAACAAGCGUGGGAAGAGUACAGCUCAUGCACGCCAGAAGGGAGCUUGUCAUCAGACUUGGCAACAAACCAUAACACUCCAACGGAGGCCACUGUGA